CUAAAGGAAUGGGCUGGGAGUGGGCAGGGUGUCCAGCAUGGUGGGAGUUCCCCAGCUCAAAAAAGCUGCCUUCUGUCUGAUUUCCAGGACCACGAGGAGGCUAGGCUGUGGAUGCUGAGCAGCUGUGCACCAAGGACAACAGGCUUCUCUUCUGGCAUCUCUUCCCCUGCUCUGCACAUCAGCCUGUACCCUUCUGGGCCCAGCGGUCAUGCCAGACACACCAGUGGAGGACUCCCUCUUCCAGAUCAUACACUGCUUCCAUCACUAUGCUGCCCGGGAAGGGGACGUGGAGACCUUGUCCCUGGAGGAGUUGAAAGCUCUGCUCCUGGAUAGUGUGCCUCGCUUCAUGGGCACCUUGGGCCGCAGGCAGCCGUACUACAUCACAGAGCUGUUCCGGGCAGCGGACAGAAACAAGGACAACCAGAUCUGCUUUGAUGAGUUCCUGUACAUCUUGGGCAAGCUGGUGAAGGACUAUCACCUGCAGUUCCACCGGCAGCUGUGCGCACACUACUGCACCCAGCACAACCUCUACUAGAGGGAGAGCAGGCAGUCUCUCAGUGCCGAAGCCUGCCCCAGGAGGCCUGGCCUGGCCGCCAACAGCUUACAGAACCCA